GCUGGAGUAAAGGAACCCGAGGAGCGGAUGACCAAGGUGCGCAAUAAAACUCAGGGUAUUCGCAGCGCAUAAUAUCUUGUUAUUUGACUCUCGACUCCGAUUAACAAAGAAACUCGUCACAGAGCGGCCAGAAAGCAAUUCUAUGCACAAGCCACCAACAUGACCUCAUCACCACCCACCGGCGUCUUCGUGCCCGUCCCAACCUUCUUCAAAACCCAAUCCGAGUCAAAGUCGCUGCAACCUGAAGUCGACGUGCAAACGCAAGUUGAGCACUCUGUAUUCCUUGCCAAAAAUGGAGUGCGCGGUCUUGUCUUGCUCGGCUCCACAGGCGAGGCGAUUCACAUGUCGCGACAAGAACGCAUCGACCUCAUUUCUGGUGUGCGCAAAGGAUUAGAUGAGGCGGGCUUCAAGGACUACCCGAUAAUGGCUGGCACAUUGAUCAACAGCGUUGACGAGACGUUGGAAUGGUUAGAGGACUUCAAGAAGGCAGGCGCGCAAUGGGGACUCGUGCUCGCGCCAGGGUACUUUGGCGCAGCGGCGAGUCAGGGGGGCAUUAGAGAAUGGUAUACGGUUGUUGCGGACAAGAGCCCUCUACCAGUACUAAUCUACAACUACCCUGGCGUAACCAACGGCGUAAUGGUCACACCCGAAACCUACCGCAUCCUCGCCCAACACCCCAACAUCGUCGGUUGCAAGAUGUCGCAUGCAGUCGUCUCAUGGCACAACCAAGUGUCACUUGACCCCAAAAUCGACCACAACAAAUUCCGCGUCUACUCUGGUCUCGGCCAACAACUCGGUCCCAUCGUCAUUUUCGACGCGGCAGGUGUUAUCGAUGGUCUCGCGGCCAUAUACCCCAAGACCGUAUGCUCUUUGAUGAAGCUAGCCGAGACGAGACCGAUAACAGAUGAGAAUCUCAAGAAGAUGAAGCAGUUGCAGUACACAGUCAGUACGGCCGAGGAGUACAUUGGUAAGUACGGCAUUGUGGGUAUCAAAGAGGCAGUCAAGAGGGUCACCGAUUUUGGCACAAUGGAAGGUGGAAGACUCCCAAUCAAGGGUAAGCUGCCUGAGGGCGAGUGGGAGAAGUGGAGCGAAACCUGGGAAAGGAUACAGAAGAUGGAAGAUUCGUUGACCGAGAAGGACUUCAAGUAGAGUAAGCAUUGUGAAUCCAGGCAACCGCUUUGACAGAGGUCCAGGUGUUUUCCCAUUGUUUUCCCC